GGAAAUUUUGAAUGACGAUGAAAGCCCGUGAUCGUAAAUAAAACCUGCCAAUACGAUUCCUUUCAGCAAGCCUGAAGCCAGAUCGACGCAAUAGCUCCACCUUUCUUCUAUCGCAAUAUGCCACCAACAGAAAAGCCUGCUUUACAAAGUCUACAGGAGAAAGUUUCUGAAGCAGGAAUCUCGGUGCUUGAGUUGACCAUGGAUAGUUUUCGGUUAUUGUUUAAAGGGGACCAGAUUCUGACUCGUGUUCGAGGAAGUAUCCUUCCUUCCAUCGCAGCCCCGGUGGUACUUUUUGCGGUCUACUCCUCGUUUUUUGCUGCCAUUCGAAGUACAGGCAUCUUGCCCUCACUGGGAGGCUCGGUCAUCUCAUUAAUGUCAAUGGCAAUAGGACUGCUAGUUUCCUUCAGAACCUCUACAGCAUACGACCGAUGGUGGGCGUGCCGUGGACUGUGGGCAUCCAUCUCAUCUACUUCUCGAACUAUGAUGCUAAACCUAUGGCUCAAUGUUCGAGAUACCAAUACGUCGACAGAGAUUGAUGAAGACAAAAUAACCGUCAUGAAAUUGAUCGUUGCAUAUUCAUUGGCCCUGAAAAACCAUUGCAGACGAAAACCUGGACUCCAUCACGCUGAUCUAGCAGAAUACCUUCCACCUAGCUUUGUUGAAUCAUUCGAUGGCAAUUCCCCCAAAAUCCCUCCACUUGAGGUUAUCAAGCUAUUACAUCAAUAUGUGAUCAUGUUCGAAAAAACUGAUAAAGUGGAUCCUCGAAGUGCUGGCUCCUUAUUGGCGGGAAUCAAUACGUUUACAAAUGAGCUGUCUAACGCAGAAAGGAUCUUAACUCCCUGGCCAUUGGCAUAUUCCAUUCAUCUAAAGCAAAUCAUAACCCUCUAUUGUCUUGCUCUACCCCCGCAACUUGCGUCAGCCCUUGGUUGGUGGGUGGUACCAGUGACAUGUGCUGCUGUAUUCACAUUCUUUGGUAUGGAAGCCAUCGCACUUGAGAUUAGCGAUCCAUUUGGAUAUGAUCUGAAUGACCUACCCAUUGACAAAUACUGCAAUGAACUCAAGACAGAAAUGCUUGAUAUGAUGGCAACGACCUAUCGUCCUAGCAUGCAACGCCCAAACGUCAAUGAUUUAAGAAAAUUCUAAUGACUAUAACAAAGAUAAUAAAUAAUCUUCGAUCACUUUGAACCCGCACACGAAAAAAUAAAGAUGAAAGUCUCGCACACACUGUGUACUGACGGACUUUUGGAUCCAUGUCCAACGCGCAUUUAUAGAACAAUUGCAUACAUUCAGAGAGAAAGAAAAGAUAUA